GUGAUGGACAAUCAAAGCUACUCUAAUCUACCAGGCAAACUUCCUGUCUUCUCUGAGCCUUCCCACUUGCCACUGACCAGGUCCUUCUAUCUGGACCCCAUGGUCACUUUCCACCUGUACCCUGAGGCCCCGGCACCAUCCCCUUACUCCGAAGAGUUGCCAUUGUUGCCUUUCCCCAGUGACUCUCUGAUCAUGGAAAAUUAUGGUGAACCCUGCCCCUUCUCCUUCUCAGUGCCUUAUCCAAAUUACAGAAGAUGUGAAUACUCCUAUGGGCCAGCCUUUAUCCGGAAAAGAAAUGAGCGAGAAAGGCAGCGGGUGAAGUGUGUCAAUGAGGGCUAUGCCCAGCUCCGACAUCAUCUGCCAGAGGAAUAUUUGGAGAAACGACUCAGCAAGGUGGAAACCCUCAGAGCUGCAAUCAAGUACAUUAACUACCUGCAGUCUCUCCUGUACCCUGAGAAGGCUGAGACCAAGAAUAAUCCUGGGAAAGUUUCCUCCAUAAUGGCCACCACCAGCUGCCAUACUGACCCAAUUUUUAGAAUUGUGUGAUUCACUAUUUCCAAUUAGAAACAAUUUAACAAAAUUGGAAUUUCUUAUAGCAUCAUUUGAUAGUUUUCUUGUAAAUGCAAUUUCUGUAUAGACAGAUGAUAGUUUCAGUGCUAACCUGUGAUGGAUAUUACUUAACUGAGUUUCAAAUGUACUAAACAUGAUCUUAUGUAGAUUGAGAAGCUUCUUUGCUGAUCUCUUUCAUGAACUCCAAGAGUUCUCUGUUGUCCCCCUGACACAUAUGUGGUCAGUCUCAGCUGUGAGAAGCCCUAACAAAAACAUGUAAAGUAUGGACCCAAUAGGUGGCCAGGAUGUUAAGGUGGCUGGA